AUUCUCUAGUUUAUUUGCAAUUUUUAUUUAUUUACCCUUUGACGUCAUUUAAAUUUUAAUAAUUAAUACUUUCCCUUUCUGUGCAAUGUGUAAUAUAUCCUAAAAUUUAACAACAUGAAAAGUGAUUUUUGAUUUUCAUCUGUCAAUGAUUUGUAAACAAAAAAAUGGCGAUGUGGCAUCUUGACAUCUGUACGGUAAUCGUGGCAAUGCUUUAAACGCUCUCUAACCUCCAAACGUUUAUCAUCAGUCAAGAAAAAAACUAUUUCUUAUUUAAUCUAAAAUUAAAAAUGUAUUCAUGUAAUUAAUUCUAUUCUAUUUUAAAUAGAGAUAAAUAUCAAUUUAAGAAAUAUUCGUAUUGUUAUGAAUGUGCGUGAGUGUUAAAGAUGAGGAUAUUAUUAACAUUUUUUGGUGUCCUAAUAUUUUUCAACGUAUGGACUACUUCGUCGGCAUGGAACAACGACGACCUGGAGGUCUUCGACGUUGUCGAGGAAGUCAAUCAGAAUUUUUAUGAACUUAUGGGCAUACCACAGAAUGCGAAUUCGUCUGAUAUUAGAAAAGCUUUCAGAAGAUUGUCCCUACAAUUGCAUCCAGAUAAAAAUUCUGCAGAAGAUGCGGAAAUAAAAUUUAGAAAUUUAGUCUCAGUUUAUGAUGUGCUGAGAGAUCCAGGUAAACGAGAACGUUACGAUGAUGUUCUCAUUAAUGGAUUGCCAAAUUGGCGAUCCGCAGUCUAUUAUUAUCGCCAUGUGCGGAAAAUGGGAUUGCUCGAAAUGUCCAUUAUUUUGUUCAUCGUCAUAACAAUUGGCCAGUAUCUUGUCGCAUGGGCUGCAUAUUUUGAAAAAAGAUACACCUACGAACAAGUACUGGGCAGUAAAUUGCAAAAAAUGCAAAAAAAGAAUCGAAAGGGCAAAAUGGACGUUCCCGAUCUUGCGGAGAUUUUAGAAAAAAUUCCAACACCAAGCAUGUGGAAUACUCUUCCAUUUCAACUGCCAAAAUGGACUUACGCAUCAAUUGUUGGUAUUCCGUCUACAAUUAGUGGGAUUUAUAUGCUUUUUGAAGAAAUGAAACGUAGGCGAAAAGAAGAAGAGGAAGCAUUAGCUCAAGAAAAUGAAGAACCGGAACCUGAACCAGUGCCACGUGGUCCUAGAAGAAGAAGAGCCGUUUUUACACCACAGGAGCGAAGUGAUAAUUUCAAAAAGGAAGAGAAUAAAAAAAACAAUACCACAAAUCACACUGAUGAGAAACCAAGAAUGUCAGGUGGAUUAUGGACAGAUGACGAUAUAUUGGAAUUAAUUAAACUAGUUAAAAAAUAUCCAGGCGGCACUACCGAUCGAUGGGAAAAAAUUGCAGAAAUGAUGAAUCGUUCAGUUCACGAAGUUACGCAUAUGGCGAAAAAGGUAAAAGACGAGGGAUUAAAACCUGGUCAGCCAGGUGAGGAAAAUCCGCCAGAGGAGCAAAUAAAAAAAGUAAAAACUCGCGUAGAAACUCCGGAGAAUCUUUCAGAAUGGACUCAGGAUCAACAAAAAGCCUUGGAGGCUGCUUUAAUAAAAUAUCCAAAAGGUGGUUCCACCGAUAGGUGGGAAAAAAUAGCUAGUUGUAUCCAAGGAAAAACAAAGGAAGAAUGUCAAGCAAGGUAUCGUCAACUAGUGGAAAUUGUCAAGAAAAAAGUACACACACAAUAGAAAUUUCCCGGGACCCAAAUAGAAGAAAUUAUCCUAUUUAUUAAUUCAGUAUGUUACCAAUUUUUUUGUUAAUUUUUUUCUAACGUCUUCGUUUUUUGUUAUGCACGUGGAUUUGAAAAUUGAGUUUUCCAAAGAAGAGGGUUUCUUUCGUGGACGAAUUUUAGUUUUUUUUUAAUUGUAGAAAUUUUAUUUAACUUUAAUAACACAAAAAAGGGAUAUUUGAACGUUUUUAUAAUACAGUAUUUUUUUAAUAUUUCAACAGUUUUAAUAUUAUUUUUUUUAAUUCUUCAAAGAACCGGUCUUUUUUUUUAAAAAUUGUUUUCCUUAAGAUUUAACGGACAUCAAUUCUUCUAUUGAAUUGCAACUUAAAAUAAUAGAGAUAGAGAAAUGAAAAAAACAAUUAUUUAAAUAGAAAAAUGUCAACAGGGAUGUAUUUAUUUAAUAAAUUAAACAACAAAGAGGAAAAAAGACUGAAGGGGCGUGACAAAGGCCUCUUAUUUUCAAAAAUGAAAAAAAGCAACAACCAAUAGUUCCAUAAACAAAUUCAUAAAUUAAUAACUUUUCUACGUUCUAAUUUUUUAUCUAUUAACAGAAAAAUAAUUGUUGAAAAAAAUAUAUUUAAAAUGAAAAAUUAGACGAAAAUCCAAAUUAUGCUCAACGUGUAUUGAAUUUUCCUCAAAAUAAUGUAAUAUGUUAUUAUGCUAAAUACGUUCAUUGCUAAUAUUUUAGAUUUAAUAUUAAGUUUUCUUUUUUUUACGAAUUUUUUUAGAUUAAAUUUUUAUUAUGCAAUUUUUUCUUUUAUCAAAGCGCAAUACUAAACACGUGUUUUCACUUUUUUUUUUAAAAAUGUAAAUAAUUAAACGCCUCUUUGUAAAUACAUACCAAUUGAGAAACUUUCGAUUUCGUUAGCGAGUGUAAUAUUUAACGUCCAAUUUAAUUGCGUUCGCAAUGCAAAUGGAAAAUAAUCUAAAUGUAAAUAUUUUAUAAAUUAUUGGCAUUUUAGAAUAUUUUACUUCCAAAGUGUAAUAGGAGUUUACAUUUACAGUAGCAAAUAAUAAGAGUUUAUUCGAAAAUAAA